AUGGAUACCCAAUUCAACAAUCGGGCCCGAAUCCGAUAUUAUACCGCGGCGGAGGAAGAAGCGUGUGUGGUGGUGGCAGAUAAUGCAACUGUGUCGCAGGCUUUUGUGAUGGGCGGUGGAAGCGGAGUAGGUGGUGGCGGAAGAGGGUCGGAUGAUGGGUUGGGGUCUGGUUCACAAGAUCCGAAUAGUUGGAAUGGGAAUGAGAGUACAGAUUCUUAUUAUCAAAAAAUGAUUGAAGCAAAUCCUAGCAAUUCUCUCUUGUUAGCAAAUUAUGCCAAGUUCUUGAAAGAGGUAAAAGGAGAUUUUGCAAAAGCAGAAGAGAUGCUGCUCGAGUCAAAGCUUAUUUUGAUCGAGCUGUUAAAACUGACCCCCAAUGACUGUUAUGUGCUAGCCUCAUAUGCUAGUUUUUUGUGGGAUGCUGAAGGAGAAGAGGAGGUUGAAAACCAAUAUGAAAUUGACGAAACUGAUUUUCCUCCCAAGUUCUUCCAAGAGGCAUCUCGUUUGCCUCCCCUAGCUGCAGCUUCUUAA